GGCCCCUUCCCCGCCCUUUUUCUUCCCAGUUUUCCUCUCAGCUGCGGGGCUCGGCUGGUGGCUGCUUCCGGUCGUGGUGCGGCCGGGUCUCAGCUCGCUGUCAUGUCCUUCGGUCCCUUAGACAUGUAUCGGAACCCCGGGCCCUCGGGGCCCCCGCUGCGGGACUUCAACAGCAUCAUCCAGACGUGCAGCGGCAACAUCCAGCGCAUCAGCCAAGCCACUGCUCAGAUAAAGAAUUUGAUGAGCCAACUUGGAACUAAGCAGGACUCAAGCAAGCUACAGGAAAAUCUGCAACAGUUACAACACUCCACAAAUCAGCUCGCCAAGGAAACAAAUGAAUUGCUGAAGGAAUUAGGGUCCUUGCCCCUUCCCUUGUCUACUUCAGAGCAGCGCCAGCAGAAGCUUCAGAAAGAACGCCUCAUGAAUGACUUCUCUGCGGCCUUAAACAAUUUCCAGGCUGUGCAGAGAAGGGUAUCUGAAAAGGAAAAAGAAAGUAUUGCCAGAGCAAGAGCUGGAUCUCGUCUUUCUGCAGAAGACAGGCAAAGAGAGGAGCAGCUCGUCUCAUUUGACAGCCAUGAGGAGUGGAACCAGAUGCAGAGCCAGGAGGAUGAGGUGGCCAUCACUGAACAAGAUCUGGAGCUUAUUAAAGAGAGGGAAACAGCGAUUCGGCAGCUGGAGGCUGACAUUUUGGAUGUCAAUCAGAUAUUUAAAGAUUUGGCCAUGAUGAUCCAUGAUCAAGGUGAUCUGAUCGAUAGCAUAGAAGCCAAUGUGGAAAGCUCAGAGGUGCAUGUCGAAAGAGCCACUGAUCAGUUACAGAGGGCUGCUUACUAUCAGAAAAAAUCUCGCAAGAAGAUGUGUAUCCUCGUGCUUGUCCUGUCAGUGAUUAUUGCAGUCUUGGGAUUUGUUAUCUGGCUAGUUUCUAAAUGAAAUGUGAUUGCCUCAGAGCCUCCUCCUGCUGAGUUGUUUGCAAGGGCAAGUGCUUGAUGGAGUCUUGUCAGAACAAAGUGACCACAAGAAGAGAGUGUAUACCAGAUUGUCCUGUAAUAAUUUAGUUAGAAACUAACUACUAACUAGUCCUUGGAAUUAGUGACCCAUGGAGACAGUAUUUAUCAAUUUAUGUAUACAUUCUAUUGAUUUCUCAAAUAAGAAAAUGACUUAUGUGUACUUUUCUUUCUCUUGUAUUCUGAUUGCCCUUUAUCCCAAGUGCUUACUAAAAAUUCCAUUGUAGAUACUCUUUCUGACAGGUGACACUACAGUCUUAUAAUACUGUCAUUGUGUAUAUACAAGUUUUCCCUUUUUAUUAUCAUCUGAGAUCACUUUCUUUCUGGCACCUAGCAUAUUAGAAUCUGAGAAACUGUACAAUAUGCCAGCAAGUUUUCUUUUUUAAUAUUUUAAUUUGCAUUUCUAAUAGGUAUAUUCUCUGUUUUGCAAGAUUUUGGCACUGUAUUUCCCUGGGAAGUAAAAAUAGAAUUGCACAUGUGAUUUCAGAUUAAAUGAAAAGUACCUGUUUGAGCUGGUCAGCUGAGGGGUACAUGUGAAAGUAUGGGUUCAAAUUCAAUUGCAGUUAGUCUCUGCUAGUGUCAUUCACAGCAGUUCACACACUAAGCUGUCUUGCUCCUGUUUUGAAGAGGUUAGUUUCAUUGACAUUAUUAUAUUCCUUGGGGUCCCUCUCCCACAUGUCUGCAUAGAAAGGGAAUUAGAGCAUGCUUUUUAAAGCCAAUAGGAAUUGUUUGGAAUGAUCAUAUCUACUUGUUCACUGUGGCUCUACAUUCCUGGUGAAUGAUGAAUGUGCCUGUCAAAGGCUGCUCCCCUCCCUUGUGAGGGUUGCUCGGCUUUGAUGGCAAGAAGAUUUUAAAGUGUAGACUGAAGUUGGAUUUAAAAUUUAGGUCUGUGAACCUAGUGAUAAAGCAAAGCAAAGGUUCGUUUUUGUAAAUAAUACUGGUUGAGUGAUGUUAGACGUAUCUUAAUUUAUGAUAAAGAGAUUAAUCUCUAUGCGUAGUUUUAGACAAAAACAGUUUCAAUAAAAGAUUUCUGUCUUGUAAUAUAAAUGUUGUCCACUGCCCUUUUUCACAGGUCUGGAACAGUUAGAGAGCAUGGAAUUGUACAUGCUCUCGCUUAAAUGUGAAUCAAGGCCAAAAAUUAUGGCUCAUUCUUUACUGAAUUGGGGAAUUUGAUUACUCGGUGUAUUUAUAUUUGUUUCUUCUAUUCCCCUUAAUGUUACUUAAUCUUCUUGUUUUAAACUAAUGUGAACAGUAGGGAAAUAAGGGCCCAAAUGCAUAAGUUUCUUUGCACUUUUGCACCAUCCCACCUCCUUAAUACAAAUAAACAUUUAAAAGCUUUUGCAGUUACUUUUAUGAGUUAAUGUCCUAAUGAUAGAGGUAUUACAUAAUGUACUGCCUAAGAAAAACAGACCUGGAGGAAGGCUGGACACCAGGUAAGGACUGUGGAACAGGUGUUGCUGCCCUUUGAAAAACAGGACCUAGAGCCAAAUGUGGUUUGCACACAACUGUAAUCCUAGAACCUGAGAGGACGAGGCAGGAGGAUUGUGAGUUCAAGCCAGCCUGGAAUUCAUAACAAGUGUAAGACCUGACCCUGUCUUCAAAUAGAUAGGAAAGGAAAAGGGAAGACAGAGCUGUUUUGGUGGCACAGUGGCCCAAGCAGCAACUUCAGAGAGAAUUUCCUGGUUCUCAGAUUAUAGGUGGACUUGGAUACAUCAUUUGUAACUUUUCCAAGAAAGAAAAAAAAGGAUCUGUUGUGGAAAACUAUUUGAGAAAAUAAAGUGAUCGUAGUUCCAUAAUACCAUGUGCUUGAUCCAGUGGUGAUUGUAAUGAUGAUCACGGGAGAAUACAUGCCAGUUGCCAAAGAAGUUCUAAUAAACCUAUGCAUAGAAUCCUUA